AUUUAAAAUUUUCCUAACAGCUUUUUUGCAAGCAGUUAAGUGUCCUACAUGUUAGCUUUCAGAUGUCUGCGCCAGUCAGCUGAUUACCGAGUGCAACAAGUUGGCAGCGCCAUCACUGCGCCGGUUCAAUUGACGCAAAAGUUGUUUUAUAAGAAAUAAUAAAUUAAUGUUUUAACCGCUUGAAAUGCUGCGAAGUCUUGUACGCAGCUUGGAGACGGCUUUCCAGUUGAAUAGACCGUUGAACGCAAACGCUGGAUCGCGUCUCUGCAUAAGGCGCUCGCUCUUUUCGCAGUUCGAAGGCCAUGCCGUUCCGAGGAAAUCUCUGCUGACCGCCGCGGCAGAAACCACAAAUGCGACAACGGCGCCCGUUGGCAGUGAGACGGACAAUGAGUAUGUGCCGUAUCGGCCAGAGCUGGAGAAGGGCACCAAGGCCAGUGUUCUCGUCGAAUUGCUGCGUGAACGCUUCCGCUUCUCGGACACAGAGCUGCAGCGGAUCAUGACCGACGAUGUGGUGCAUCGCAACUACCGUGGACGCGCGCUGGCCAUGACAUUGGAUACGCUGCAGGUGGAAGGGGUUAACAGACGCAGCUUGGUUGAAUAUCCCUGGGUAAUAGGCCAGGACAGCAAACGUUUGGAGCUUAAGUUGCAGCUGCUCAAGUCAAUGGAUAUUACGGAUAUCAACCACUUUGUGCCUUUCCUGCGCCUCACAGUGCCACGACUCCGGAAGCUGGUCAGCGCCCUCAACUCAGAGAGGAGCGCGAUGCCGCAGAGGAACCGCGUCUACUACAUCAGUGAAAAGCUGGAGGUCAGCCCCGAUCUCGUUGCCAAAUACCUCUCGAAGCGGCUCUUUAUACUAGAGAUGCCUUACGAAAUGUUCGAGAAGAACCUCCAUCACAUGAUUGACUACAAUGUCUCGCCUAUUAAUAUCCUAAAGGACCUUUGGGCCUUUCGCUACACUCCCAAGGCUGUCCAGUUGCGACUGGAGCGCGCAAAGCGGGCAAAGAAAGAUAAGAUUAUGCCGUGGAUGGUGCGCUGUCCGGAGCCCAUAUUACAGCGUUCGCUGAAGCUAACCCUGGACGAGCUGCAGGUGCUGGGCGAAUUCUCCUCCGUGGUGGAGUAUGUGGCGCAUCGGCUAGGCUUUACAGUGAACGAGGCCAAGGGGAUUAUGGACAGGCAUCCGCAGGUGCAUACCGUGCGAGUGACAAAGAUCAAGGAGGUCAUCGAUUAUCUACUCGAUGAGGCGAAAUUUACAAGAUUCGAGGUGGCCCAAGUGCCUCGUAUUUUGUGCCACAGCCUGAAAACCACCAAGAAACGAAUAGAGGAGCUGAAAUCCCACGGCUGUCGACCCUCCUCUCUUGUGAUUAUCUGUCGCAGCAGAAGGGAGUAUGAUAAGUUCCUAAAGCAUUGGGUAAGCCAUGGCAGAGAUCCCGAAAUUGUUUCUGUUCCAUGAGAUAGGGAGAUCGCUUCUGGAAGAGUCAAUGACUCAAUCUGUUGAUUUUAUAUUUAAGCGUUUGCAUUAAAUAAAAUGUAUGCC